AUGAGCAACGAAAGAGAUACACUAACCCGGAACUAUUCUAACAGCGAAAGAGACACACCGACGCCGAAUCGUUCUGACAGCGACCGAGAUACACCAAUGUCGAACCGUAGUCGGCCAAGACCAGGAAAUAAUAAACUAAGUGACGACGUACUUAAGGCUGUACAUGGUCAUUUUAAACAGUAAUUUUAAUACAAUAAUAUAU